ACAAAUUUCAUAAAUCAUACUAUUAUCAAAUUCAUUAUCAUUAUUGUCCUUCAACCAAUUAGUGUAUCAAUCAACAAUGUCUCCUCCACCUGCAUUGCUUGGUCCACCAGAAAUUCAUGGAAUUUCCACUACUAUCACCACCCCACCACCCACCCUACAUUCCCUCAUAAUUAAGUCAACAUUAACACCACAACAAGAUAUUUUUUAUCAGCCAAUUAUGACAAGAAUGGGUUUAACAGAAAAUGGUUCAGCCACUUUUUUAUCUACUGGAAACCCAUGUUUAGAUUUCUUUUUCCAUAUUGUACCUGAUACCCCAGAUCAAGAUUUAGUAAAAAGAUUAGAACUUUCUUGGAAAAAUGAUGCUUUAACAACCCUUAAGCUUAUUUGUAACUUAAGGGGAGUUAGAGGUACUGGAAAAUCAGAAAAAGAAGGGUUUUAUACUUCUUCUUUAUGGCUUCAUUAUUAUCAUCCUAAAACCCUUGCAUGUAAUGUUAAAGCCAUUGCUGAUUUUGGUUAUUUUAAGGAUGUUUUGGAGAUUUUGUAUAGAUUGGUUGAGGGUCCUGAUGUUAGAAAAAAUGAAAAAGAAGAGUGGACUGAAAAGAAAAAUAAUGGUUUUUUGGAGAAAAAAGAAAGGAGUAUUUCCUAUGUGAGUAAAGGGAAGGCAAAAAAAAUUAGAUUGGAAAAGAUUAUGGAUAAGGCAAAGAAAUUGUUGGAUAGAUAUGAUAAAGAUUGUAAUUUUAAGUUCUUGUAUGAUAAAAUUUCAGGUUUUUUUGCUGAUCAAUUGAGGGAGGACAUGAAAUUGUACAAUGAAGGGAAAUAUUAUGAACUUAGUCUUGCGGCUAAGUGGUGUCCCUCUCUUGAUUCAUCGUAUGAUAAGUCAUUGUUAAUGUGCGAAAGCAUUGGAAGAAAAUUAUUCCCUCGCGAAGAUUAUAUUGAGUAUCAGGAUCUUGAAGACGCGCAUUAUGCUUAUCGUGUGAGGGAUCGAUUGAGGAAAGAAGUUUUAGUGCCAUUACACAAGGCAUUGGAGGUUCCUGAGGUGUAUAUAUGUGCGAAUAAAUGGGAAGAUCUUCCUUAUAAACGCGUCCCUUCAGUCGCGAUGACAUUGUACAAGAAAUUGUUUUACAAGCACGAUAAAGAACGAUUCCAGCAGUACAUUGAAGAUGUGAAGAGUGGAAAAACAACAAUAGCUGCUGGUGCAUUGCUUCCACACGAGAUAAUCGCGUCGUUAAAGGAUUCCACGGGACCUGAGGUUGCUGAGCUUCAAUGGGAAAGAAUAGUUAGUGACUUAGCAAAAAUAGGGAAGUUAACAAAUUGCAUGGCAAUAAGUGAUGUAUCAGGAAGUAUGAGUGGGACUCCAAUGGAAGUUUCUGUUGCUUUAGGGUUGCUUAUUUCUGAACUUAGUGAAGAACCUUGGAAAGGGAAGUUAAUCACAUUUAGCAGUAAUCCAGAAUUUCACUUUGUGAAGGGGAAAAAUUUGUCACAAAAGACUAAUUUUAUUAGGAGAAUGGUUUGGGGUGGCAAUACUGAUUUUCAGAAAGUGUUUGAUAAAAUUCUUGAAGUGGCUGUGAAGGGGAAAUUAAGCGAGGAACAAAUGAUAAAGAGGGUGUUUGUAUUUAGUGACAUGGAAUUUGAUCAGGCUUCAAUGAAUCCAUGGGAGACAGAUUAUCAAGUUAUACAGAAGAAGUUUAAGAAAAAUGGUUAUAAAAAAGUGCCUGAAAUUGUGUUUUGGAAUUUGAGGAAUUCAGUGGCAACACCAGUACCUAGUAAUCAAGAAGGGGUGGCACUUGUGAGUGGAUUUUCAAAGAAUCUUGUCACUUUGUUCUUGGAAGAAGGUGGGAUUAUGAGUCCUGAAGCUGUUAUGAUGCAAGCUAUUUCGGCUGAAGAGUAUCAAAAGCUUGUAGUGUUUGAUUAAAUUGUAAAAAGAAUUGUUGGAAUUGUGAUGAGAUGUGCUCUUUAAUUUCGAUCUAUUAAUAAGAAAUAUG